UGGCGGUCUGCCCUUUCCCGCGAAGAGCCGUAAGAGUCCUCAAUUUCCACCCUGCUUCUGCAGCUCUGUCUGAGGAGGUUCCAGUGGGAGGCUACACGCUAACGGGAAGAGCAGCAAGCAGCACGAGCAAAAGGGGUGGCAGGAGGUCGAUGUGGGGAACUCCGGAUUAUUUGCUCAGAGACUCCCAGCGAUCGGACCCCGAGAAAGCACGAGGCGGGAGCGCGGCGAGGGCGUGCCACGGGGAGGUAUUAUCCAGUCUGUGAUCUGAGAGGGGCCGUCUAGGGCUGCGGAAAUCGGCCGUCCAUAUCAGCCGUCGUCAACGUCUCACCAGUGCUUGGCUAUCGCGUGACCCAGACAGGGCUAAGAUGGAAUUAACGGGAGUGUUCCUGGCCGUGUUGGCUCUGGACAGCGUUCUUGCUGUUGUGGGUGGAGCGGACGUGUGCCCCGAAAUGUGCGUCUGCAACGACCAGAACAAGGUGGAUUGCUCUAACAGGGGGCUGGACCAGAUUCCCCAGGAUAUGCCCUACGCCUCCACAACUCUCAGUCUGAACGACAACCAGAUCAAGAGCAUCCAGGAGGACCAGUUUGUGAACCUGAAGUCGCUGGAAGUGCUGCACCUCUACGCCAACAAACUCACAGACAUCCACUCCAAGGCUUUCAAUGGCCUCACGCUGCUCAAGCGGCUGAUUCUGUCUCAAAAUCAGCUGAAGGAGCUACCGUUGGGGCUGUUCGUGGGCUUGGAGAAUCUAGUCUGGUUGGAUAUAAGCAACAAUCGGCUGCAAACUCUGCCACCGAUGAUCUUCAAGGACCUGUUCUACCUGGAAUACCUGGAGAUAUGGGGCAACCAGUUGAACUACUUACCUGAGGAAACCUUCAAAGGUCUUGAGAACCUGAGUUUGCUCAUGAUGGGGCAGAACAACUUCACGCGGGUGCCGAGCCUGGCUUUUCGAUACCUCCCGAGUCUGUCCACGCUGAAAAUGGAUGGGCUUCUGCUCGGCAGGUUAGACAACGAGGCUUUCCAGUACGUCACCAUCCUGAGGGAACUGUACCUCGGAGGGAACCAAAUCGCGUCGAUCGGGAACGACACUUUCCGCAACCUCCUCAAACUGGAGUCCCUCGACUUGUCCAACAACCAGCUGCAGACGCUCACCUUGAGCGAGAGCGCGCUCCCGAAGCUCCGGAUUUUCGACUUGCACGACAACCCCUGGAUGUGCGAUUGUAGGCUGCUCUGGCUGCCUGGGUGGCUGAAGGGGCGCAGCUUGGCCGACACGGUCGUGACGUGCGGUCAGCCCAAGCCGCUGCAGGGUAGGAGGUUAAACAACGUUGCUCUGGAGGAUUUAACCUGCCCGCCUCCUGUCAUCAGAGUACCUCCAAAUAGGAAAAGCGUCAAGGAAGGGGCGUCCAUCGCUCUGCCGUGCGAAGCUAAGGGAGACCCGCCGCCUACGGUGAGGUGGAUUACGCCGAACGGAAAGAAAGUCACUUCCUCUAACAAUGACCGCAUGGUGGUCCUGGAUAACGGCACCUUGUUUAUUUCCAAGGCUACCCUGGAUGAUAGGGGGGACUUCACGUGCAUCGCCGAGAAUGUAAAUGGUCAACAUGACAAAGCUACGACUAAACUAUGGGUAAAACCGAAGGGUGGCUUCAUGUGGUCGCCCACGGGCGGGAAGACGGCCCCAAAGAAGGGAGAAACCACGUCCUCGCGGUUCCUAUGGACAAACGUGGGGAUCGGGAUCGGCUCCAUCGUGUUGUGCGUGGUGUUGCUGGUGGUGUGGAAGGUGAUGAAGAAGAGGAAAACGCACAGAGACCGGAACGUCGACGCCAAGCCCAUGACCAUGCGGAACGUUACCACGGUGUCCGGGGUGAGCGAGGUGGGUUCGCAGUACGUGAACCUUCCCGUCGGCUCCGGGAUGGUCACCAUCGACAGGGCGGGCACCAUCGACAGGAACCACCACCGCAACAUCAUCGACGGCACCAUCGACAUCACCCAGGACGAGAAGCCCCCCUACACCAUCACGAACGCCGACGGACUGGGACUCAACCACACCACAAUGAACACGUUCUCCAUGCCGGACAUACACCAGCACAAUAACGAAAGAAUAAACUCCAGUCGAAGUUUAACGACCUUUUCCACCUUUGAUAACGCAGAGUCAGGAAGUAUGGUGGCGACAGUAUGAUAUACCCUUUGUAACAAAACAGAUGAAGAAAAAAUGGCUAUUUUGUUUUACCGACGUUUCGUGUGCAUGUGUGAAAUAAGAGCUGUAGAUAUGUGCUUUCCGAUUGGAAUGAUAUUGUUAAUUAUACCAACUUUUAUACACUAUAGUGAAGACCUUACCCUAAUAAAGAUGAGGGGAAAUAUGUACAGUGGACAAUUCCACUGUCAGGGUUUGUUUUGCCCUCAUCCAUCGACUCUUUUUACAAAAGAAUACUCUCUACAUGUGGCAAACAAAAGGCCACAAAGUUGUUACAAUUUGGCUCUGAGAGACCUCAAGUGUUGCAAAUAUGUCAAAGUAGCAAGUAUCACGACAUUGCGCAUUUUCCUGAAAAAAAAAGGGCAGAAAAGGAAAACUUGUGACUUUUUGUACGAUUAGUAGCAGGGUAUGUACACGUGUACAACACUGUCACAAUUUCUUUGUAUAAAGAAUGGUAAAAUUAUUACAUUGUUUACUUGUUACAAUUGGAAGUCAAAUGUACCAAUUUAGAGUGAAAUGGGGCAUUAACACAAACCUUAAGGUUAACUGUUACAAAGUGACCAGUUAAACUUGAGUAUACCUCCUAAGGCUUAGGUCACAUUUCCAAACCAGGGCCCGGCCGGGAUGUUUUAAGAAACGAAAAAA